ACAGGAGAUGUUUCCACUUAUGAUUCCAUUUUUAAAAGACCAGAGGGUUACAACAAAAAUCUUCAUCGAUGUGACAGAGAACAUGCAAAGAGUCGUGGUCUUAACAUUAACGAGGAGGAAAUGGCAAGACCUGUCGCUGUUUUGUCAUCUUCAGAGUAUGGGAGACGCAUAAAUAAGCCCAUAGAGCAGCCCAUCAGAGAUCACGCAAGGAUUAAUCAUGUGCAGGCAGAAUUCUACAGGAAAAGUGGCAUCACCUGCUUAAUGGAAAAACCUUCUCCAAGCCUGGAUCUAUACUAA